GCUCUAUGUGCUGUGGGGCUUUGUGGUGGUCACGACCUCCGUGACCAAGGCUGCCAAGAGGAAGGUGGCAGGCCGACGGUCCAGGCAGGUGUUUGAGGCGGAGCCUGUGGAGGGCGUGUGGUCUGUCUGGGGGGAGUGGUCUGAAUGCUCUCAGACCUGUGGCGUGGGCGUCUCACAGAGGAGCAGGAAGUGUUUAUCUCCUCCACCUGCCCACACCCCUCCCGUGUCCCACUCUCCACCUAACUGGGCAGGUUAUUUGCCCGGGGGCAUCGGAGGUCCUGUCAUCUCACCUGUGCGUCCCUACUACCCUCCUCAUUACCCCGGGCAACAGUCACCUUAUCACUCCCCUUCGAUCCCCACCAAUCACAACCCAGGACUGUCGCUGUAUCGGAAUACCAACACUGGGGGAGGAGGAGGAGGAGGAGGAGGAGGAGGAGGAGCUCCUGUACCAGGACAGGCCAAUCCAUCCUCUCCUCUUUACCAGCCAGAAUUCCCCCCAACCAAUCAAGACCAUGUGUCCGUUUAUCGAUCGCCCUACCGCGCCCCUUCACACAGCUACAACCAGCCAUCACGGAUCAUCAGGAGACCGACCAAUCCAGGAGCAGUGAGGCCUGGAGGAGGCGGGAGCAGAAGGUCGGUCUCCCCCAAUCGGGAGAAUUUGCCUUCGAGGAGGUCUUCCAACAUCCGUCCAGGUCAGUUUGGGUACGGCAGGGUCCCCUUCUCUCUGCCUCUGCAUCGCCCCAACCGACAGGCUCGCCACACGGCUAACGGUACUGACACUGCGACAUCGGCCUCUGGACUAGCCGUCAGUGAGGACGACGCAGAGACUACCAGGAGAGUGGAAGAAGAGGCGCGGAUUGAUGGAGAAGACAGGGAGGCUGGAAGGGGUGAGGAAGAGGAGAAGGGCCCUGACACACCUGCUGCUGAGGAGUUACCCACAACGACAACCACAACUGGCAACCCACACCGUCAUCAUGUUGACAGACCCUCGCACACCAGUACAGAACACGGGAGGGCGAGAGAUCGCUCCUCAUCGUCAUCUCACCUACCCAACCGCCACCGGUUUGACUGGCACUCCGUCACUGCGCCGCAUCCUCCCGUCCCUCCUCUCUCCCGCCCAAACUCCCCCGCCGCGGCUUCACCGUUUUCCACUUCGCUCCAUCGUCCCAGCCCCGUGCACAGAGACAGGGAGCUCCACCCAGGCUUCAGCCCGCAGGUCCCACCCGCUGGCAACGUCUACCCCCUACAGCACCCGCACAUCCCGCACAUGGGAGUCGAAUCAGGCAGGGAUGGAGGAAGAGGAGCUCCUCAGGUCUACAGAUGCCCUGGGCCGGAGAAGGAGUACCGCAGGUGCUUCUCACAGGUGUGUGGAGGAGGUGCAUUGGAGUCCAGAGCAGAGCAGUGUGCAGCCUUUAACACCCAAGAGUUCAUGGGUCGCCUCUACAACUGGGAACCUUUCACUGAGGUUGGUGCGGACAAGCAGUGCGAGCUGACCUGCAGACCUGCCGGCUACCGUUUCUAUGUUCGUCAGGCCGAGCGCGUUAGAGACGGGACACCCUGCUUCAACGUCAGCUCAAACGAUGUGUGUGUAGAAGGACAGUGUCUGACCGAGGGCUGCGAUGGGGUACUGGGCUCCGGCUCUGUGAUUGACAAAUGUGGAGUCUGUGGUGGGCGGGAAACCUCCUGUCGAAAGGUGACUGGAAGCUUCCAAAAUGUCACGGUUCCCCUUGGUUACCACAAGAUCCUUGACAUCCCGCCCGGAGCUACAUUCAUUAACAUCACAGAGAGACGAGCGAGUCCUAAUUACCUGGCCAUGAGGAGUGGCACUGGGGCUUCAGUGGUGAAUGGGCGGUGGGCUGUGGACCCUCCAGGGGAGUACCAGGCGGGAGGGACUACCUUCACCUACACCCGACCUAGAGCACAGGCAGAGGGGGAGGAAGAGAAGGGCGAGUCCCUCAGGGCUCCAGGACCCACCACCACACAGCUACAGCUAUAUAUCAUUUUCCACAAGGAGAACCCAGGCAUCGACUAUGAGUUUUAUAUCCCGGUGGAGAAGAAGGAGGCAGAGAGGGAGAGGCUGACAGAGAGAGAGAGGGAGACACCCAGAGAGGCACCCAGAGAGAGGCAGAGGGAGCGAGAGCCAGGGAGAGCACCCCUUCGCAGUCCUCUCACCGUAUCAGUAGAAGACCCUCCUCCUGCUCCUCCUCCUAUUUCGGUCCCUUCACUUCCCUCUUCCUCCUCCUCCUCGUCCUCUGUGUUUUCUCCCCCCUCCUCGGACCGGUGGACACCUGAGAGGUCACGUCCUCGAGGCUCUGCACCCAACAGGAAUGCUCGGAUCCCCCCUCGCACAGACCUACCACUGGACACUCAGCCACCAUUUGUGUGGAGGAGAGGCGGACUCACCGACUGUUCUGUUUCCUGUGGCAAAGGUACUCAGUACCGAGUCAUUCUGUGUAUAGACCGCCAUACAGAUGAGGAAGUCCCAGAGAGGAAAUGUGAUUCUGCAGCCAAACCUGUCCCCGAGGAGGAGCCUUGUAACACACAUCCCUGCCCACCAUUCUGGGAGGCCAGUUCAUGGUCUGAGUGCAGCGUGUCCUGUGGCCCUGGCGUGCAGCAGAGGCAGCUCCAGUGCAGGCAGAGCUUUGGGGACCGCUCCACCAUGGUCCACCCACAGCGCUGCGCCAACCUCACACCACCAGAGUCCACACAGGCGUGUGAGCUCCGCCUCUGCUCCCACUGGGAGGUCAGCUCUGACUGGAGCACGUGCUCCGUGGACUGUGGAGUUGGGAGGAGGACAAGGAGUGUGCGCUGCCUCAGCGACCAAGGCAGCAUCGUAAACGACAAGGAGUGCAACUCCAGGGCUCGCCCACAGGGAAGUGAGGAGUGCAACAUGGGUCCCUGUGUGACUAACUGGUACUUUACUGACUGGUCCAACACUUGUUCGGCACAGUGUGGCCCAGGGGUGCAGAGGAGGGAGGUGGUGUGUCUGACUCGAGGAGGGGUCAGGGAGGGUGGAGGAGGAGGGGACUGUGUUGGGGACAAACCAGCAGAGAUGAAGGCCUGCAACGGGGGUCCCUGUGUGGCAACAACCAUGUGGUACAGCAGCCCCUGGACACAGUGUAAUGUCCAAUGUGGGAAUGGAACUCAGCGACGAGACAUAAUUUGUGUCCGGAAGACAGGGAAUGAUUUUACUGUCGCAUCAGCCAGUGAGUGUGCACAUCUGGACAAGCCUGUCGCGGUCCAAGAGUGUGAGAUGGGAGAGUGUCAGCCGCAGUGGUUCACAACAGAGUGGAGUGCGUGCUCACGUUCUUGUGGAAAAGGCUUACAAAUGAGGGAGGUACGGUGUUUAACGCAAGAUAAAAAGCACAGCCAUGACUGUGAUUUGCGCCCCAAACCUGAACAGGAGCAAAUCUGCAACACAAUUCCCUGCAGUCCACAAGUCUCAGACGAAAAUUGCCGGGACAGACGUCACAACUGCGUGAUGGUGGUUCAGGCCAGGCUGUGCGUCUACUCUUACUACAAGAGCGCCUGCUGUGCCUCGUGCACCCAGAGUGCUCAGCGUGCCAAGAGGCACUGAUCAGCCAAUCACAGACAGCCAAGGUGUGCAAGAAGUCAUGGAUGGGGUCAAAAGGGCUGAUGACAAGUGUGUAGAAAAGGACAGCCCAGAGUAGACAUAAUCCCUGCGACAGCCGUCAGAAAACAUUUAUUUUCUCUUUUCUCCUGAAUCUUCAGGUAAAACACUGUGAAAGCAGCCGGUUCCUUUUUCCAGUUCUCUGCCUACUAUUUUAUAUUGUCUUUUUAGAACCACAAAUUCCACUGAGCUUGCUUCUGUUUACUUUGUGCAUUAGCUUUAACAGGUUCACAGUGUGUCACACAGGACUGAGUGAUGCAUUUGCGAUGAUUUAAACUCUUUUCUAUAGCUGAGAGAUUGUAACGGAAGGUUCUCACUGACGACACGGCUGUGUUUCAACAGCAAAUUUAGCCUUAAAAAGAAAUUGUCUCUUAUAUACAGGAUCUUAAAACAGAUGACAGAUCAAACAUACAUACCACUAAUUAUUAAAAGAAAUGUGCUGAACAAAUAAUUACCAUGUAUGCUAGAUAAACUGUGUAUACUAAAUACUAUGUGUGCUGAAGAUCUACUGGAAUAGAUCUGCUGUGCUUGUGUACAAUGCAGACGUCUCCCACUGCGCUACAGUGGCCCAACUAAGCUAGAAGGAUUUCAUUAACAUAUUGUGUGUCUUUUUUUCCUUUUGCCAAAAAUAUUUCCUCAAGUGUCCUCUUAUUGUGCAGUUCAGUAUUUGGACAGAUGAACCAAAGGUGUGGGGUUGAGCAUGGCAGUAGGUGACCAAAUAUAUCAGAGCAGGAAGAGGUGAGAUUCUUCCUGAACUAGAAGGAUAUGAGACAAAGAUGGUAAACACAGAGUCUGUAGAGUCCUUCAGCAUAUUAAUGUCACUUACAUACAUUGUUUUAAAGUGGGCUGUUGGAGUUAAAAUCCACAGCUAGUUGCAGUUGUGUUUUUACUAAACUAAAGACGAUGCUGCUGCUAAAUAACAGAAAAAAAGGCACAAAAAAAAGAAAUACAUUUAAAAAAUCAAAGUAUAAAGUGAUGAGACUGGUGUUGUUCUGUACCUUUCUUAUUGUCAACAAAUCACACAAUGUGUUAGUCUGUCAAUACUUUCUGACUUCUCAACCAUGUCUGUUGGUUCCUACUGAUGACAUAAAUCUUUAGUAAUUUUCUAAAACAGCUCGGAAAGACAGGGAAGGUGGGAGGUAGAGGAGGGAUGACAGGCAGCAAAGGGCUCUACCAGGGGAGCUAUCAGAAUUUGUUUGGUACUUUUAUUCUGCUGCAUAUUCUACUACAUUAGUGAGUAUUUAUGACAACAGAAUUGACUCAAAAAUGAACUGUUCAUGUUUAUCUUAUUGAAGAAACACAUCAUCCAGUGCAACAGUGUGGCUGAAUUGUAUGUAUUUAAUAAUUUCUGGAACUAGUGGACCAGCUGUAUGACACUUUUGGUUUUCUGGUUUUGGUCUUUUUAUUUGUUUGACAAUAAGAAAAAUACAGAAUAUCGCCUUUAACCAUGAAGUCAGUGAUGCCACACAGGUUUGGAGAUGUAAAAUGAUUCACUCCUGGCUGACCUAAUUUUAGUGCUCUUGUCACCAUGACGAUUGUGUCGAGGUAUUAAAAAGAACAACUUGAUGUCCUCCCUGUUUUCUCACCUCAUCUCAAUAUAUAUUUUAUUAUCCUCCAUCGUCUCCUUCUUUGGAGGAGAUGAUGGAUCUGUCCUAUGAGAGUAGGUGAAGCCAGAAUUAGGAAAACCUCAUGGAGACUGAGAAAGCUGCUUUCUUAUAACAGUUUUUUUUUAAAACUAUAAUUUAGCUCAAGCUAUGGAUCAAAUGCAAUCAUUCUGCUUUGACCUGAAAGUAAAUAUUUUGCAUUAUGAGGCAGCGACCUCUGUAUAUGUGUGUAAGUACUUUUUAAACUUUUCUCUCUUCUGCUCUUGUAACAGUUUUUACUUUUUCUCUUUUUCUCUUCCCACACCUCCCAAGAAGAAACACACACACACACACACAAUACACCCUGCCCACUCGAGGGUGAGGAGUCUGUAUAUUUGUCAGAUAUGUUUAAUAUCUAUAAUUUCUUUGAAUAAGUAGGCGCUUAUGUUUUAUAACUGAGUAGAUCAGAAGUGUUGUUGUAGGCCGCAUUUAUUCACAUCUAACUGUCAUAUAAGUUGUAUUUUGCAUUUGACAAGAGAAUCAGUGACUUUAUUCUACUUGAGAAUUGUGGAUGUUUGCGUGUGUGAUGUGUCUGUAUGGUUGUGUGUUUUGCGAUCAUGGCUUUGAAUGUGUCAUUCUUGUCUCUAAUCCCUCGUAGUAAAAAUUACUUUUUAUAUAAAAACAAAAAAAAGGAUAGUAAUUUAUCUAUUAUCUAAAGAACAUGUAAUUUAUUUUCUGUUUUAAGAAGCUGUAGCGUAUUUUCUAUGUUACCACCAGAGUUUAUGAGAUUUAUGAUACACAGACUUUUUUUUAUUAUCAUGCAAAAACAAAAAACAGUGUGGAAAAACUAUUAUCUCAAAGCUGCAUUUUAAAUAAAAUUGAAACAACAGAGAAGUUAA